UGGGGCACUGCGGAGCCUGGGGCGGCGGCGGAGGAGCAGGAUGGAGAUCCCCGUGCCUGUGCAGCCCUCCUGGCUGCGCCGCGCCUCAGCCCCACUGCCCGGACGCCUCUUCGACCAGCGCUUCGGAGAGGGGCUGCUGGAGGCCGAGCUGUCCACGCUCUGCCCGGCCGCGCUGGCCCCCUACUACCUGCGCGCCCCCAGCGUGGCGCUGCCGGCCGCCCAGGUGCCGGCCGGCCCUGGCCACUUCUCCGUGCUGCUGGACGUGAAGCAUUUCUCCCCGGAGGAGAUCGCCGUCAAGGUGGUUGGCGAACACGUGGAAGUGCAUGCGCGCCACGAGGAGCGCCCGGACGAACACGGCUACGUCGCGCGCGAGUUCCACCGCCGCUACCUCCUGCCGCCCGGCGUGGACCCUGCGGCCGUGACGUCCGCGCUCUCUCCGGAGGGCGUCCUGUCCAUCCAGGCUGCCCCCGCGCCGGCCCAGGCCCCGCUGCCCGCGCCACCGCCGGCUGCUGCCAAGUAGGGGGUCUGGGCUUGCUUGACCCCGGGAGCAGCCUCUGCCCCCUUUUUUAAAGCCGACCUGACUCCACCCAGCCAGAUGUCCCGAGCGCUUCAAGACCAACCUCCCACCGAUCCGAUAAGCAAGGCUUCUCACUGACACCCCCGGCUCACACGCCCUCCAGCGUACACACAGGCACACACACACACGCACACACACACACACAAACACACACGCACGCACGCAGCUCCUCAGCCUAUAUCCUUUCUAGAUUUCUUUUGACUUCUCUCUAGGAAAAUAUCCACACCCCAUUUUAGUCCUCUCCCUCUAACCCCAGAACAUGAUAUAGGACAGCCCUGGCCCAUGCCUCCAAGCCAGUCAAGCAUAAUGUCCCCCCACUUCUCAAAUGCCCAGGACUGUGCACAGACGUCACACCCCAGACUAUCUAGGCCAGGUGCCCAAGGCCAAGAUUCAGGACUCUUCCCCUCAUUCCAAACACUCCACUGUGUCCCAUCCUACCUUACUCAAAACUCAGCCAGCCACCACCAUGAGAUCCCUCCUGACCCUACCCAGGCCAGGCCAAGCAAGGCUCUCAAGCUCAAGCUGCACAAAACCCGCCCUGUCACCCCAAAUUCUGCACAGAUACAGCAGGCCACUACUCCAACUCUAGCCAGAACACUGGAGUCACUUGACUCCCAAAUCUCCAAACAUAUCCCUCACUCUCCAAGACCCAACUCAAACUCAACUCUUGAUUCCUCACCACCUUUCUCUUGAACUUCUGAAGCCCCAACCCAUCACCUGCUCCCCUCAAUAAAUGAGCUAAAGCUGU